GAUUUAUUACGGUCCUUAGUGCGGUCUGAGUCUGAGCACAGCUAGGUGCAGUAAACUUCUGAACAUAGACACUUGUAUGUUUAUAAUAAUAGUUUGAUUCAUGUAGAGAAGUAACGAAGUGAUAUAUGUGCCAUUAUGUUAAAUAUAUUAUCCCGGCGAAUAACGAAUUUAUUUUGUCGCGAAAUUAUUAAUCUACGUAAAGAAGUGAGAUUUAAGUUUACGCACGAAGGUUGGAAGAGGGUUAGAAUGGUUGAUGAAACAUUACCGCCGUCAAGAGCAGACCCUGUUAUAGCGAAGCUGGAUAGCCCGGAAUUUUUUUCCUUAUUUACGUCGGAAUUAAACAUUCUCGUUAACUUAUUCCAAAAGUAUGAUUACGAGCUGAGAAUUGCCGGCGGCGCCGUGCGUGAUAUUUUAAUGAAUAAAUAUCCAAAAGAUCUCGAUUUUGCAACCACGGCUACACCGGAUCAGAUGAAAGAGAUGUUUGAGAAGGAAGAGAUCAGAAUAUUAAAUGUGAAAGGUGAAAAACACGGUACGAUAACAGCGAGGAUAAACGAUAAAGAGAAUUUCGAGGUGACUACUCUGAGAAUUGACAAUAUAACAGAUGGACGGCAUGCAGAAGUAGAAUUUACAAAAGACUGGAAGUUAGAUGCGUGCAGGAGAGAUCUAACUAUCAACUCCAUGUUUCUCGAUUUCAAUGGCAAAUUAUACGACUAUUUCUAUGGCUAUGAUGAUCUGAAGAAUAAAAAAGUAAUUUUUGUAGGCAAUGUUAAUACUAGGAUAUGCGAAGAUUAUCUUCGAAUUCUCAGAUACUUUCGUUUCUAUGGGAAGAUCAUGGAUAGUCCUGAUCAGCAUGAUGAAGCUACAAUAAAGGCGAUAAAAGAUAACGUAAACGGCUUACAGUUAAUAUCCGGCGAAAGGAUUUGGAGCGAAUGGUACAAAAUUUUAACAGGAAAAUUUGCCUUAGAAUUGACAUUGAAAAUGCUCGAAUGUGGUUGCGGUAAAUACAUGGGUUUACCCGAGAAUCCUAACAUAGAGAAUUUUCAAAUUGUUUGUCGACGUGCAUCGUCCAACGAUGUGGCUUUAAAGCCUAUAUCUAUGAUCGUGCCAAUGCUCAAAGAUGAACAGGAAGUUAUGGACGUACAUGGUCGCUUGAAAUUGUCCAAUGCCGAUCGAGAUCUAGCGUUGUUUUUGGUUCGGUACAGGGAAUGCACACACAUUCCCUGCGAACGUCCAUUAAAACCAUAUCAGCAGUUAGUAUUUACUCAACAGACGAAUAGAUAUGACGUUUAUCGUGAAUAUGUAAAAGAGAUAUUGAAAUAUCAAGGAGCCAUGGAACUUUUAGAUGAAUUUGAAAAAUGGGUAAUUCCAAAAUUUCCCAUCAACGGCAUCAUGUUGAAAGAUCUUGUGCCACAUCCGAAAAUGAUUGGCAAAGUUAUAACUGAAUUGAAGAAGAUAUGGAUAAAUGAUGAUUUUAAAAAUACUAAUUCUGAACUUAUAGAUCAUGUACCAUGUAUAAUUAACAGAUUAAACAAUAAAAUCACACAGUAAUUUUUA